AUGGCAACGUCCGAGCGCUCAGUCCUCUGUGACCGGCCGUUCAUUACAUACCCAACGCGAGAUCGACUGUAUGGUCUCUGCUGGCGACCAGAUGUUAGCUCGAUGCAAAUUGCUGCCUCCACCUUCAUCCCGGGUGAAUACGCCAACAAGAUUGAGAUUUUCAACUUCACAGUCAACGAGAAAAAGUUGGUUUCUGCAUUGGAGAUUGAUCAUCCGUACCCACCCACCAAAAUUAUGUGGUCCCCUCCCUCUCUUGGUCCGCACAUGGAGCUCUUGGCGACGACUGCCGAUUUCUUACGACUUUGGAAGAUAACGGACUCGUCCAUUGAGCUGUGCUCUAAAUUCUCGGAGAAGAAAAGUAAGAAUGAUCUUUGUGCGCCGCUCACGAGCUUUGAUUGGAAUGAAGUGGAGCCCAACAUCAUUGGAACAUCAAGUACAGGCAAAGCAUGCACUAUCUGGGACAUCAAUCAACCAAUGUCUCCGAUGUUUCAGAUUACUGCCCACGACACUGACGUGUACGACAUGGCGUUCUCAUGUAGCGACCCCAAAAAGUUUGCUUCGGUGGGUGGUGAUGGAUCGCUGCGAUUGUUUGAUUUGAGGUCCUUGGAUUCAAGUACGAUCGUCUACGUGUCACCAGAUGAAACAGCUUUACUCAGGUUAGCUUGGAACAAACGUGACGACCGCUUCAUUGCGACUUUCGCCGACAACAGUACCAAGAUUUCUGUGAUCGACCUCCGUCGCCCCAUCUUUCCUAUGGCAGUGCUAGAUCAGCACAAUGCGGGUGUCAACUCGAUGUCAUGGUCACCGCAUUCAAGGUAUGAUCUAUGUAGUGCUGGUGAAGACAACGCUGCAAUCGUGUACGAUAUCUGCGCUCAGAUGACAAGCUCUGGCGAUAAUGUCGAGGGAACUUGCUACACUUUAUUGAAGUCGGAUGAGCCAAUUAAUCAAAUUCGGUGGUCAUCUACGGAACCAAACUGCAUCGCGCUGUGCGACGAGAAAGCGUUACAUGUCGUCCAAAUGUAG